AUGCCCAUCACCCCCACCCCCACCCCUACGCCGAGCCGUGCCGCCCUUAUGGCGGUAAAGAAGCCGACGCCGACGCCGACAAUGACGACGACAAUGACGGUGCCAGUGCCAGUGACGGUACCAACUGGGGCGGUCAGGCCCGAUACGCUUUCCCUUCUAAGCACCAUUGCUGCUUGGCUCGGCGUGCUGGUUGGUGCUGCCGGCAUUGCCGCCACCAUUGAUAUCUGCCUUCUCGUGGCGGAUCUCGAGGCCGCCAUCGCCGUCAUCGCCUGCGACUCUACCCGCGCCAUCCGCUUCCUCACUGAGGACCUUGUCCUGAUAGUGUCCAACGCGGUGGAUCAUAUGGACCAGCUUCAGUAUUAA